UAAUGACCUUGGGUAUUCUAGGAAUGACACAAACAGCUUCCAAACCUUUUCUGAUUGGUAUUAGUGGAGGAGCCGCUUCAGGAAAAGCAGAGGCAUGCAAGAAGAUAAAGGAUGUCUUAUACAGGAAGGCGAAAGGGAAGAAGGUUGAAGUUCUUUCCUUGUCAUCGUUUUAUCGUGAACUUUCCGAUGAGGAACUCAAAUUAGCCCUGAAUAGUGAGUUUGACUUCGACCACCCAAAUUCGUUUGACUUCAAAUAUUUGACUGACGUUUUAAGGAAAAUAAAACAAGGAGAACAUGUGGUCCUUCACAAAUAUGACUGCUCUGCCUAUUCGAGUACCCCGGAUGUUCAGGAGGUCCCAGAUGAUGUAGAUGUUGUCAUCGUAGAAGGAAUAUUAACGUUUUAUCAAAAAGAAGUCAGAGACAUGUUCGACUUAAAAAUCUUCAUUGAAUCAGAUGCAGACACUAGACUUUGCAGAAAAGUCCUAAGAGAUGUUUCCAUGAAAGGUCGUUGCUUGGAUUCCGUACUCGAUAGUUAUUUUAAAUACGUUAAACCGGCGUUCGAGGAGUUUUGUCUUCCCUGUUUUCAGUGGGUUUUACUACCUCGUGCGAGCAAAGUUGAAUUGUGCAUAUGUAUCCUUUAUUAUACUGAAUGUGGUUCGGAUGUAGGUCACAAUACUGCGUGGGCACUGACAUCAAAUCAAAUGAUUCCUUGGUGGGGUUUGAACUUACUGUCUAGUGCUUUAACUGAAAAUCUGCUGUCAGCGUAGCUAUUGAUCGAGAGUAUUAACCUUUAUCUGGCUGUUAAAUCACAUGCUUUCAUUGUUAAUGAAUCAAUGUUUAUUAUGUGACACUUAUCUUCAUUUUCUCUUACUGUUUAAAUUACUAUUUAGACUAAAAAAUAUGCUGAUGUCAUCCUACCACGUGCACCAGACAAUCAUGUUGGUGUCGAUUUAAUCACCGAACACUUGUUACAACUUGUAAAUGAUUCACCUCUGAUUCAUAAUGUGCAACAUUAUAUACCACGUGCAAGAAACCAAUCAGAAUCUUGUGUAGGUUCUUUCAGACCUCAUUAAUCACCUAGUGAUAAUGGUACUAACCUUAUUUGUAUAUAUUAUCUGGUUUAUUGAAUUAGCAUAUUUUUAUUUUGAUAUUUCCAAUUAAACUUCAUAUUCUUUCUUUCUCUCCUUACUUUUCAUCUGCUUGUUUUUAAUUAUUUAAAAAAAUUUGUUUAAGUUUUCAAAAAAUGAUUUAUUAUCUAUAAAGUGC